AUGGACGCGCUAACUCAAGUUCUGGAAUCCACUCACCUGGACAGCUCACCAUCACAACAUCCUGAGCAGUUACUUUUCAAUCCUUCACCAGACAGUAACCUUGCCCAGCAUGCCCUCGAUAACAUUCCGCGGUACCUUUUUCGCAUUGUCUCCCCUAAAUCGGACGGCCAAACAGACGCAGAAUGGGUGCGCUCUAAAGCAGCCACCCUAAAGACAUACUCCAGCCGUAAGGACAUAUUCGCGAACCUCAAUCCCGAGAAUCGAAAGGUAGUCGCAUGUACGCUUAACCGACAUCUGAGAUGGUGGCCCAAGGAUGACUUUCACGAUAAUUUUGUCUCAUGGACGAGCUCCCUGCUGUUUGCGCUGCAGUUUAUCUACUACCGGCACCAGAGCACGAAGGAUGGGUCUGCCCUACACGACAUCAGGCUCUAUGUCGUGGACACUACUAGAUUUCCGCGGGGAACAUUCCUACGUGACCUUGACCUCAUAGACGCGUUCUGUGGAUUUGAUGUCUCCGAGCCCCCUGGCAAGAACUUAAGAGAUUUCCGAAAGCUCCGGAACGGGCAUACGUGGUAUUUUGGCGAGUACCUUUCGCAGGGCUCGCUGAGAAUUGCAGGCAAACACCAGUGUAUUAGCGCUAGUUCGCUGUUUCAGGAUAGGCUGCUAUAUCGCUUACAGCCUCUUUUCCCCGAUAUUCAAAUCCGUGCGGACGAUGGACCUCGUUGGGCGAGGGAGGUAGUCCGUUUCCGUGAGCAAUUUAUGUGUGCGUCUCUAUCCGGCGACGAAAUACGAAACCGCUUCGCUGCUCUUGGUGAUAUAAUGCGGCUUAUUGACCGAAAAUGGAAGUUUCCUCUAGCUGUGCACUUUGCGGGCCUGAUUGGACCCAGAGCAGAGGAUGAGGGGGCUGCCACGCUGGGCGACUUCUUUCGCUGUGAAGAUAUCCAGGCCGAGAUAGAGCGUGUCACCCUAUCUGAACUUCAUCUCAUCGCGCCGGACACGAUGCCUGAGCUGACACGAGCAAAGGAAAUCGUCCAUGAUGUCUACAUAGACUUUCUAGCACGUCGCGCCGACGAAUUUGCUAGACAAGCCGAAAUGCUUGUUUGCCACUUGCGCACAGAGCAUGUGGCAGAGCUGGAGCACGCAUUCCCUGUUGCGGGUUCAAAGCAAAUUAUGUAUACUUUGCUUGCGAAGACUCUCUUGUCACAGUUUGGGCAAUUACGCGCAGCCUGUGAGAGUGUUGUCGAUGCAUAUGCGUUUGGAAGAGUAAUAGGCCAUUCGCUGCAGUCUGUCAUGGGAUCUAUUCGACCUUAA